AUGUAUUUAACAACUGAUAGGGCUAUCUCAAAACUCUGCUUAUAUCUAUAUAUCUUCCAAUCUCACUCUAUUCAUAUCUAUCUAUCUAUCUAUCUAUCUAUCUAUCUAUCUAUCUUUAAUCUGCUCAUUGUCUAUCUAUUUAUGGCCACCUUUUCAUAUCUAUCUAUCGCAAUCUUUUCACAUCUAUUUCUCUUUCAAUCUGUGCAUAUCUAUCUAUCCAUCUAUUUAUUUAUCUAUCUAUCUCAGUCUGUUCAUAUCUAUCUAUCUAUCUAUCUAUCUAUCUAUCUAUCUAUCUAUCUAUCUCAACUGUUCAUAUCUAUCUCAAUUUGUUCAUACCUGUUUAUCUCCAUCUGCUCAUAUCUAUCUAUCUAUCUAUCUAUCUAUCUAUCUAUCUAUCUAUCUAUAUAUAUAUAUAUAUAUAUAUAUAUAUCAAUCUGUUCAUAUCUAUCUCAAUUAGUUCAUAUCUAUUUAUCUAUCUCUAUCUGCUCAUAUCUCUCUCUCCUUCUAUCUAUCUCUCCUUUUAGCAAUCUAUAUCAGCCUUUAGAGAUCUCUUUUUAUCAUUUUUAUUUAUUUUAUUAUUUUCUUCUGUCGCACAUUAUAUUAACUCUAUCUAUCUAUCUAUCUAUCUAUCUAUCUAUCUAUCUAUCUAUGUCUAUCUUUUCAUAUCUAUCUAUCUAUCUAUCUAUCUAUCUAUCUAUCUAUCUAUCUAUCUAUGUCCAUCUUUUCAUAUCUAUCUAUCUAUCUAUCUAUCUAUCUAUCUAUCUAUCUAUCUAUCUAUCUAUCUAUCUGUGCAUCCGGUGUAAUUGA